AUGGGCGAGAAACCGACCGAUCCCGAGGCGCCUGUCCUGGCACAACAGGACGCCCACUCAGCGGUAUGGAUAGAGAAGGAGAUCGGAGCUGAAGUUGCGCGCGAGUGGUCUCGCGAUCCAGCCAAGAGUGUCGCCGCGCAAACCAGGCCGAAGAAUCCCCUGGCCGAGCUGACCCAGGAGGAACUGUUCCGCGAUGUCGAGCAGUUCGCGCACGAAAAAGAGCUUACCGAUAUCCUCGACUUGCUGAAGAAGGGUUCCUUAAUUGCGCAGGAUCCCAAGCGUUUUGAGGAGCUGCCCGAGCUGUCGGAGGAGGAGAAAGAUGUGCUGCGCCGCGAGAAGACGCACCGGUGGAGUCAGCCGUUUAUGAUGUACUUUAUGACCAUUCUCUGCGCCGGAUCGGCUAUCGUGCAAGGCAUGGAUCAAACAGCCGUGAACGGUGCCCAAGAGUACUACUUUGAAGAGUUUAACCUGAAAGACCCCUGGCUCCAGGGUCUGGUGAACGGGGCGCCCUACCUAUGCUCCUGUCUCAUCGGGUGCUGGACGACCGCCCCGCUUAACCGCUGGUUCGGUCGUCGCGGGUGUAUCUUCAUCUCGUGUUUUGUCUCGUUCGCCUCUUCGUUCUGGAUGGCGUGUGCGCACACCUGGUGGAAUCUAAUGCUCGGUCGCUUUCUGCUUGGGUUCGCCGUCGGUGCCAAAUCCACGACUACCCCGGUGUACGGUGCCGAGUGCGCGCCUGCCAACAUCCGAGGUGCUCUCGUCAUGAUGUGGCAGAUGUGGACAGCUUUCGGCAUCAUGCUGGGGUUUAUCGCCAGUGUCGUCUUCAUGGACGUUACGAACACUAACAUCCCGGGUUUGAACUGGCGUCUUAUGCUGGGGUCUACCGCCAUUCCGCCGAUGUUUGUCUGUGCCCAGGUGUACUUCUGUCCCGAGUCUCCCAGAUGGUACAUGAUCCGUGACCGCUAUCGCGAAGCCUACCAGGCGCUUUGCAGUCUGCGUCCAACCGCGCUCCAGGCUGCCCGCGACCUCUACUAUAUCCACGUUGCACUGAAGCAUGAGGAGAAGAUGCGCGAAGGCAAGCAGCUCUGGCUGGAGAUGUUUACGGUGCCGCGCAAUCGGCGGGCAGCACAGUCGUCUUUCUUCGUCAUGUUCAUGCAGCAAUUCUGCGGUGUCAAUGCUAUCAUGUACUACUCGUCGUCCAUGUUCAUCGGUGCAGGCUUCGAUCUUCGCAUGGCCCUCAUCACAUCGCUCGGCUGCGGCAUCACCAACUGGCUGUUCGCCCUCCCAGCCGUCUACACGAUCGACACCUUCGGACGACGCAACCUCCUCCUCACGACCUUCCCGCUGAUGAGUCUCUGCCUGCUCUUCACGGGAUUCUCCUUCUGGAUCCCCGAAGGCAGCGAGGCCCGUCUCGCCUGUGUCGCCACCGGAAUCUACCUCUUCAUGAUCGUCUACUCCCCAGGAGAAGGUCCCGUUCCAUUUACAUACUCAGCUGAAGCCUUCCCCCUCUACAUCCGUGACAUAGGCAUGUCCUUCGCGACCGCCACCACCUGGGGUUUCAACUUCAUCAUCUCCCUGACAUGGCCGGCGCUCGUCAAGGCCUUCACCCCGCAGGGUGCGUUCGGCUGGUACGCGGCGUGGAACUUCGCCGGCUGGAUCUUUGCCUAUUUCUGUCUGCCGGAGACGAAGGCGUUGUCCCUGGAAGAGCUGGAUCAGGUCUUUUCUGUGCCGACCCGGAAGCAUAUGAACCAUUAUGCGGGGAUGCUUCCGUGGUAUUUCAAGAAGUAUAUUCUGCGCGGCGAUGUGCCGCCCCAGAAGCAGUUGUAUGAUUAUGAGUAG